CAUUCGUGUUGUUGUCUACCUUUCUUCUCCUUCCUGCUCUUCCCCGUGUCUAAUUCCCUUCCGGCUUCCAUGAAAAUAUCUUGAAGCACCUAUCGCUCAUCAGUAUCUCUCUUUCCCACACAAAACCUACCUACAUUGGUUGUUUGUAGGUAUUAUAUGCACCUCGGAAACGACUUUGCCAGCGUCAAUCAACCAACUGUAAGCAGAGGCUUUCAGUUGACCUGUGAGUCAUAUCCCAGAAUAUCAGGAGGAAAAGAAGGAAGGGGCAGUUUCAACUAAUGGCCUCUGACAGGGAGAUUUUUAGUCUUUCGGGACCACUGAAGUUAACUGUGAUCGAUUGGUAUGGCCAUCCUUGUUAAUAAUUUGUUCGUUUAACUCGUUAGGUUUGCCUAUGAGUUCAAACUCAAAUGAUGCGCGCAACUUUUCUAUGGCUGGACUGGAUAUAGUUCUAAUAGGAUCUUUAAGAACCAGCAAUCAUUUGGAAGAUGAUUAACCUUUCAAAUAUCAACCAUUAGGAUGCGUUGUUGUCAGUAUUCAAGGAUCUGCUUUUCUGCCAACUAAUAGCCUUCUAUAUAUCUCAUGAUCAGAAGCAAGAAAAUUUUGACAAAUGCCCAUCAUAGGAGGUCCAUUGCGGCUAGCUUGGUUCAGGGCGUCUACAUUCUUGAACGUGAUCGGCAGGAGAACCGGCAAAGCGCAAAUGCUCUUGCUUCUCCUUGGUGGGAAUUCUUUAAUUUCCAGCUAGUCCACGUGCUUGUGGAUCCUGAUGAUCUGUCGUUCUUUGGCUCCAUUUACGAACUGAGACUACCUCAUUCCUCUUGCAACUAUUUGGCUCAAACUCCUCCCAGAUACGUCGUUGCUUUCAGAGGCACAAUCACUAAACCAGGCAGCAGGUCACAGGAUCUCAAGUUGGAUCUCCAGUUCAUGAAAAACAAACUUCAGCACAGCUCCCGUUUCCACCUUGGGUUGCAAGCUGUUCAGAACAUUGUUUCUAAAGCUGGAGGUGCCAAUAUCUGGUUAGCUGGUCACUCUUUGGGCUCAGCAAUAGCGUUACUUGUUGGAAGGAAUAUGGUUAAGUUGGGUUAUCAUCUUGAAACAUACCUGUUCAAUCCACCUUUCGCUUCUCUUCCACUCGAAAAGAUAAAGAAUGAGAAGUUGAAGCAUGGCGCCCGCAUUGCAGUGAGUGUCAUCACUGCUGGGCUUGCAGCUGCAGUGAAGCUUAACAGCCAAAUGCCACAUCAGGACGAUGAAUUUCGUGUUUUGUCUGCUUGGAUACCGUACUUGUUUGUCAAUCCAUCGGAUCCUAUUUGCUCCGAAUAUAUUGGGUAUUUUACACACAGGGAGAAGAUGAUGACAAUUGCCGGUGGCAAAAUUGGAAGGAUUGCAGCACAGAACUCCAUUGCGAGUAUCAUAUCCACUGCUAGGGGGAAUAAGAGCGAAGCAUGUCAUCUCCUUCCUUCUGCAUAUGUAACGACUAAUCUCUGCACUUGUCAGGAUUUUAAGCAAGCUCAUGGAAUUCACCAAUGGUGGAGCCCGGAUCUUCAUCUCGAGUACAAGCUGCAUCAGUACAGAUGAAAUUUGUUGAUUUUGAAGGAAACGACAGACAACUCCUUUUGGGGAACCCGAGUCAAAAGACUAGCGUGUGCUUUGUCACGUUCAUCUUGGGAUUUGUUUGUCCAAAAUUCAUUUGUUCAUUGUUUUCCCAGUCCGCUUAGGCUGGCCAAACUCGUACCUUGAAUUAAUUGUAAGAUUUCCCCCUUGAUUCAAACGACAUCAUCCAUUCUUGAACUAUCAGCAUGAGCAUGGGCACAGUGAAAGAUCAAAUAAGGAACAUGGACGGUGAAGAAUGCCAAUCAGAUUUA